AUGUCAGACCCUACGACCGGUGCCGCUCCUGCUGUUGAGACAACUGCAAAUCCUACCUCUGCUACGGCCACGGGACAACAAGAUGCCCUGGACAAAGGCGUCAGUGCUGCUUUGGGCAAAGCCGGACACGGUCAAUCAGCAAGUACCACCGAGAAGAUUUCCGAUGGAUUGAGAGGUGCUUUCAAGAAGGUAAGUCAUUCAAACUUCCUCCUCGCCAACCUCCCUGUCACCGAUGACAAUAUCCCCUGUCUUUGCACUGUGCGCUCGGUCGUGUCAGAGGAAUGCGAAAUUAGGGACUGUAGCUGGGAACAAGGAGUCAAGAGCUGA